ACUUCAGCCGAACACCUUCUUCGACAUAGUCAGCAUACGAUUGCCCAUGAGGUGCUGUUACACCGAGACAAGAGCCUGGCGUAACUCACUGCAGGUACUGGUUGCUCCGGUAAGCAAACAGAGAACAUGGCGAUCCUGUCGGCUCCAUCCAAUUCGAAUGGUAAGUUUGACGGUAAGCGGAACAAAUAUGUGCCAUCCUAUCAGAGAUAUUUACUAUGCAGCUAUGGUGGUAGGCAGCAUGUGCAGACCGAGAUGGCCGCAUAGGUAGGGGAGUCAGUCGCUCACGAAUGUAUAAAAGGAUGGAUGUCGGCGGCUAAGACUACUACUACUCAUUUCCAACUGAACAGGUGAAGAGACAAUCAAGUCACGAAACAACCCCCUCACAAUACAAAGGUUUGGGAUACGGUCCAACGUGCGCUACAUAUGUCGGCUAUGAAACCUCUCGUCCUCCUCACCGGUCCCAAUGGCUUCGUCGGCGCCCAUGUGCUCGAUCUCUUGUUGAAGAACAACUACCGCGUUCGUGGCACCGUCCGAUCUCUAUCAAAGGCAACUUACUACAAGAACAAAUACCCAGAAGCAUCAUCGAGCGGAUCCUUGACAUUUGUUGCCGUCCCUGAUAUCCAAGCUCCUGGCGCCUUGGACGAAGCAGCCAAGGGUGUCGACUACAUCUGCCACGUGGCUUCGCCGUAUUUCACGUCGUCCAAUGACCCGAUCAAAGAGCUCGUCGAGCCAGCCGUCAACGGCACACGCAAUGUGGUGUCCAGCGCGCUCAAGAGCAACACGUUGAAGAGGAUGACUAUCAUGAGCAGCUUCGCCAGCGUGGUCGACCUGUCCAAGAAUCCGCGUGGAGGAUACACGUACACGGCCGAAGACUGGGAUCCCGUCACACCCGAGGAAGGGGCCAAAGAUGGCUUCAUGGGAUACCAUGCCAGCAAGACGUUUGCGGAGCGAGCAGCAUGGGUCAUGUGGAAGGAAGCAAGACCUGAUUGGGAUCUAGUCACGUUUUGUCCACCUAUGAUCUACGGACCUCCGAUACAAGAGGUGGACAAGAGCAAGGGUAUUGAUGGGAUGAACACGAGCAUCAAGCGCUUGAUCACCAGUAUACAAGGGCAAGAUCCUGCUUUCAAGCCCAAGGUCGCGACGCCGGGACUGCCGGCUUGGGUUGAUGUGAGAGACGUGGCACAGGCACAUGUUCGCGCGUUGGCGCUGGAGAAGGGCAUCAGUGAGAGGUUCUUGUUGUGCGGAGGGGUCAACUAUUUCGAGGACGGAUUGGCUGGAUUGAGAGCAAGAGGAGAGAAGGGUCUGGGUGAGGAAGGUGCACAUGUGGUGCCUGGGAAGCACUUUGGGUUGGAUAGGAGUAAGGCGGAGGAGGUGUUGAAGCUGAAGUUUACGCCAUUCGAAACGACAGUUGAGGAUAGUUGGGACGCUGUCAAGCAGUUGGGUUUGAUCUAAAGAAGUCUCGGGAGUCGUUGGACGAGACAUAUGAGUUUGAGUGUUUGCCCUAUAUGACUAGGUGCUGUUGAAGGUUCGGAUAUGCAUAUGCAGUGUUUGUCAGAAAGCGGAGAAGAAUACGAGUCGUGUUGGCGUCUUUGCGAAUUCGUUCCGAACUAGGCGAGGUCAAUAUGCCUAUUGCAUCAAGUUACACUAUUCAGCGUUGAUCCUGACUGUCCGACCCCAUCCUAGCCCAGAGACACAAUAC